CAAAACAAUAAUUAUUUUGUUUUGCCUUCAAACCUUUCAUGUCUAACCGCGGCGUCUUUCGCAGUUGUGACGUACGUGACGAGUCAAACGCCGCAGAGGACAUUUUGCCAAGCCGUCCCCUGCUUUUACCCCACGUAAAAAGGAAUAGUCUCGGUGGCCAAUGACUCCACCUCCAUUUUCGGAGCUUAUAAGUAUGAAGUUACAUAUCGGAUAACAAUUCCUGAAUUAAAGACGAAAGGCGAUAAAUUUACACACACCACUCUCGAAAUAUAAUACCCCAAAUCGCCGAACAUGUCUGCUCCAUUCCCUACCAAGAAGUGCGGUGUUCUGGGCUGCACUGGUUCAGUCGGCCAGCGCUUCAUUCUCCUCCUCGCACAGCACCCUCACUUCAAGCUCCACGCCGUGGGCGCUUCGUCGCGAUCUGCCGGCAAGAAAUACAAGGAUGCCGUGAAGUGGAAGCAAGCCUCGCCCAUGGGCGCCGACAUUGCUGAGUUGGUGGUCAAGGACUGCAAGGCGAGCGAAUUCGCAGAUUGCGAUGUCGUUUUCAGCGGUCUGGAUGCCGAGUUUGCUGGAGAGAUUGAAAUGGAGUUUGUGAAGGCGAACAUCCCCAUCUUCUCGAACGCAAAGAACUACCGCAAAGACCCGAUUGUCCCACUCGUCGUGCCAACAGUCAACCUGCCACAUUUCGACGUUAUCCCCGCACAAAGGAAACAACUCGGCCUCGGAAAGGGAUUCUUGGUCUGCAACUCCAACUGCGCCGUCAUUGGCAUAGUCAUCCCGUUCGCCGCGCUACAAAAGGCUUUCGGACCAGUCACCCAGGUCAGCGUUGUCACCAUGCAAGCCGUUUCCGGCGCAGGAUACCCAGGUGUCAGCAGCAUGGACAUGAUCGACAACAUCGUGCCCUUCAUCUCCGGCGAGGAGGACAAGCUCGAGAACGAGGCCCAGAAGAUCUUGGGAGGCGUCAAUGCUGAGGUUUCUGGCUUUGCUGAGCAGAAGGGACUCAAGAUUUCUGCGGCUUGCAACCGUGUCGCCGUGUUGGAUGGCCACACUGCCUGCGUCUCAUUGAAGUUUGAGCGUCGCCCACCGCCAUCGGCGGAGCAGGUCAAGCAGGCUAUGAGGGAUUACGUGAGUGAGGCACAGCAGUUGGGAUGCCCUUCUGCACCACAGAACGCUAUUUUGGUCAUGGAUGAGCCGGACAGGCCACAGCCGAGACUGGACAGGGAUACCCAGAAGGGAUAUACCGUCAGUGUUGGACGAGUGCGUGAGGAUGAGAGCGAGAUCUUUGAUAUCAAGUUCGUUGCUCUGAGCCACAACACAGUCAUUGGUGCUGCUGGAUCAAGUAUAUUGAACGCUGAGGCAGCUGUCCUUAAGGGCUACAUUGAGUAAAGUCAUAAACCACGAUUUGAUAGCGUUUUAAAAAAUAUUAGAUGAGCAUUUAAAACGCAUUCCGUAUAUACUAUCCUCC